CAGUCAAGGUCAAUGGCUGGGCCAGGGUUCUACCGGGCCGAGGGCGCAGCCGAACUGCAUGCACCCUGCCCCGACUUCCGUGAGUGUUUGCGGGACGAGACUUCCGCCGCAAGAGCCGCCGACGUCGGGGCUCGGAUCCCUUCUCAAGAAUUCCGAGAGAAUCGGAGAAUCUGCAAAGCAACUAGGCGACCGAGCAAGAUUGGCCACCUCGGCACGGGAGGCGGGACAACCGGCGCGAGUCGCCCGCCUAAGGCUAGUCUGCGAUUGGUCAGUGCAGUAUUGGGCGGGUUGUUAGAGAGCAGCGACGCUUGUCCAUAGGCCGGCGCAGAAAGGGGCGGGGAAACGAGGGUGGCAGUGCCGCUGCGCGAUGCGUAGAGACGCUUAUUUGCGAUUGGUCCGUAAAGUGCGGAGGGCAGCGUUUGGCUUCGCUCAGCGAUUGGCCCGGGGAUGGGAUGCCGGCCUUUUAUUGGUUACUACGUCCGGAGCCCGGGACUGGGGCGGGCGCGCAGACCGCGAAGACCGCGUGCGAUUGGCCGGCACCGGGACGGCAUCCCCGGCGCCGGGUCCUGAGUUGCGGUGGGCUAUGGCUCCUGGCGGCUGGCGCUGGCUGCGCGGCCUGCGGGCCGUGGGGCAGCCCCUGUUCCAAGGCCGUGCGCUGCUCGUCACCAACACGCUGGGCUGUGGUGUUCUCAUGGCGGUCGGGGACGGCGUGCGCCAAUCCUGGGAGGUCCGCACCCGGCCUGGCCAGAAGUUCGAUCCCCGGCGCUCAGCGAGCAUGUUUGCAGUGGGCUGCAGUAUGGGUCCCUUCCUGCAUUACUGGUACCUCUGGCUGGACCACCUGCUCCCAGCGUCUGGCCUCCCUGGCCUCCCAAACGUCCUCAGGAAGGUCCUCGUCGACCAGCUGGUGGCCUCUCCCAUGCUAGGCGUCUGGUACUUCUUGGGGACACCACUGUUCCUCAGGGUUCCUGCCCCAUCUCCUCCAUCACCAGGACUCCCCAGCCUCAGACACUCUAAUUUGUUGGUCUCCUUCCCAGGCCUUGGCUGCCUGGAGGGCCAAUCCCUGGAUGAGAGCUGCCAGGAGCUGCGGGACAAGUUCUGGGAAUUCUACAAGGCCGACUGGUGCGUUUGGCCAGCUGCCCAGCUGGUGAACUUCCUCUUCGUGCCCCCCCAGUUCCGAGUCACCUACAUCAAUGGCCUGACGCUGGGCUGGGACACGUACCUCUCCUACCUGAAGUACCGGGUGAGCUCGGUGGGCGGACCAGACACCCAGGGGGCUCCUCAGGGGCCACACGUGUGAACCCCAAAUGGCGGUGCAGCUGCGUUCUAGGGUGAGGUCCUCCUGGGCCUGUGAUAAUCUGCAAACCAUAGCAGGUGGGCUGGGUGAAGACCCAGCCCCCUAUCUGCUGUUUGAUGUGACCUCGGCCAGGACCUGCUGCGUCUGCCCCGCAGGACUGAGUCCAGCCAGAAGACAGGUGGGUGAGGACUCUCGCUUGGUGAAGAGGAAUCCAGAGGGGUGAACGGGGUGUGUGACCAGACUCCUCUUGCACGGACAGAUCCUGGGCCCGUCCACCCCUAGGCUGCGUGGCCCUGGGCACUGUGCAGACUGAGCUGCCCAGCCCUCCUGACUGGAUGCCAGACAGAGCAGGACUGACUCUGAGCAGGCCAGGCCUGGUCCUGGCCCCUCCCCUACCCCUAGGCAUCUGGCUGGGCUGCCCCCUCCAAGCCUAGGGUAAGACCUCAGUUUCCCCAUCUGGAACACAACCAUGAAGAUGGUCACCCAGGAGCCCUUCUCACUGCAGGCUCUCCGUGAACCAGUGACAGAUGUUCCUAUCCGCAGCACUGGGCCCCGGCCAGCCCGUCCCAAGCCCCAACCCCUCAACACUAUUAUGGGCUGGGCCCUGGGCCCAAGGUGGGGACACAGCCCAUCCCCUUGGAGCAGGGCCCAGCUUGGAGUUAGCCCCCAGAAUCUGGAGCCUUGGGCAGGGCCAGGUGGCUUCCAGUCUCACACUCAGGUCACAGACUGUGGAAAUUCUAUUAAAUUCUCUGGUCAUUGAAAA